AUGGAUUUCGAUGACUUUGAGAUUAGCCGAGAAGACCUGUCUCGAAUAGAUAAUAUAGAAAUUACUCUCCUUAACCAAAGCUUUCAAAAAAGCUCUGAUGAAGACAACAUUCAACUUUUGCGACCAAGACGACGUCGAAUCAUCUUAUCAGAUAGUGAGUCAAGUGAAACUGAAAUUAAUCGUGCCAUUCAAGAUUUAGCGGAGAGUUCGUCACCCUCAACAUGGACCGAUCCCAAAGGUAAUCAACGCCAAUUGAUAGCUUUUACCGAAAUUCCUGGUGCGCCGUUGCACAUGUGCAGGCUCAUGAUUAACAAAUCCCCAGCAGAAUUUUAUGCUCUUUUGGUAACGGAUGAUGUUUUUAAUGAAAGAGUGAAAAACACUAAUCACUUUGCAAUUGCUAAAAUAGUUAACUCACAAGAAGCUACAAAAUGUGCACGCAUUCGGAACUGGGCGCCUACUAACCUUGUCGAAAUAAAAAAAUUCUUUGGUUUGGUUUUGUUUAUGGGCUUGGUGAAAUUACCUAAAAUAUCAAGACUACUGGUCCAAAGAUGA